AUGUACUGCCCGCAUAACGAAUGCAAUCGCAAGAUGCCAUCAAAAGUUAAAAUAAGCGACGUCAUCUUCAAGAAUAUUCGAGGAUCGUCAAGAACGCCCACAGCCGUUCAAUUGACAUGCAGCAGCAGCGUACCAUGCAAGAACGUUGAACUUUCUAACGUUAACCUCCACGGAGCUCAGCCCAAUACCUUUGAUGUCACAAAAUAUGGUGCGAAGGAGGGGUUGGAUAUCACUAAGGCUUUACUGAGUGCGUGGAAGGGGGCUUGUGGAGCAGCGGGUUCCGGCAAAGUCGUGAUACCAAAAGGGAAUGGUGGGGCCUUCGACGGACAAGGAGAAAUUGCUUGGCAGCGGAAUAGCUGUGGCGGCGGAUGCAAGAAAGCACUUCCAGUUAACCUAAGGUUUGACUUUGUCACCAACAGCAUAGUCGAGGACGUGACAUCCAUAGAUAGCAAGCAGUUCCACGUCAAUCUCCUCGGCAGCAAAAACCUUACCUUCCAGCGAUUUUCGGUGAAAGCGUCGGGGCAUAGUCCCAACACGGAUGGAAUUCACAUUGGACGGUCGGAGGAGAUCAACAUUAUUGAUUCAAACACUAUGACCGGUGAUGAUUGCAUCUCCAUUGGCCGGGGGAGCAGGCAAGUACGAAUCACAAAUGUAAGGUGCGGACACGGGCAUGGCAUUAGUAUUGGAAGUUUAGGAAAGUACGAGAAGGAAGAACCUGUGUCUGGAAUUUAUGUGAAGAAUUGCACAAUAUACGACACCGACAAUGGCGUGAGAAUUAAGACUUGGCCCGCAUUGCAUGGUGGCAGUGUGUCGAAUAUCCAGUUCGAGGAUAUCGUCAUGCAAAACGUCAGCAAUCCCAUCAUUAUAGAUCAAAUGUACUGCCCGCAUAACGAAUGCAAUCGCAAGAUGCCAUCAAAAGUUAAAAUAAGCGACGUCAUCUUCAAGAAUAUUCGAGGAUCGUCAAAAACGCCCACAGCCGUUCAAUUGACAUGCAGCAGCAACGUACCAUGCAAGAACGUUGAACUUUCUAACGUUAACCUCCAGUACACCGGAUCUAAGGGUCCUGCAAAAUCUAUUUGUACAAAUGUUAAGCCUAAGAUUAUAGGAAAGUUGAUUCCGAGAGGAUGUUAA